AAAAGGGGGAUCAAGAAACCGUUAGUGUUUGAAUAGAUAGAACAAAGACGGCCAUGUUUCAUUAUUUGUGAAAAUGGAUUAUUUAUAAUUACAGUGUAUUUUCAAAAUAUGUGAGAGAUAGAAACGACACAUAUCGGCGGAAUUAGUUAGUUAUCUUCCCAUGGAAAUGAACAAACGAAAACAAUAGUUCGGUUUAGUCGUAGGUUUUGUAAAAAUGGCGAGUGUAAAUUUCUUGAGCUGUCUGAUUUUGGCCGUGGUGUUAUUAUACACGGGAGAAUGUGCAGAGUACAGUACCAAAGUUCUGAAUAGUGAUAACCUCGGUCCGCAUGGAAAGUGUGAGCCCAUACAGAUCCCUUUGUGCAAGGAUAUUCAGUACAAUGAGACCAUUAUGCCAAAUCUUUUGACGCAUACUAAGCAAGAAGAUGCGGGCAUGGAGGUACACCAGUUCUUUCCAUUGGUGAAGGUGCAGUGUAGUAAACAGCUCAAGUUCUUCCUUUGUACAAUGUAUGUGCCGGUAUGUACGGUUCUGCCAAAGGCCAUUCCCCCAUGCAGAAGUUUGUGUAUUCAAGCCAGAACUGGGUGUGAGACUCUGAUGAACAAGUUUGGGUUUGAGUGGCCAGCCAGUCUCAACUGUGAUCAGUUUCCAAUGAAUGGAUUGUGUGUUGGGGAAAAUACAACAGAUCACAAUCCUCAGCCACAGACAACGUUGCGCCCCAAAACGACCCAAUGGCCUCGACCCGAUGGGACUCGUGUGACGAUCAGUCCCAACUACCGGUCUGAAUUGUUGGAGUGUCCGGAAGAGCAGUCCGUUUCUGAGGGGUAUGACUACAAACUUCGUAUCGGAGAAGUCCUGAUUCCAGACUGCGGAGCCCCUUGUAAGGAUAUGUUCUUCAGUGAGGAUAAACGGAACUUUUCACGAUUAUGGAUUGGAAUAUGGUCGUUUGUGUGUCUCGCAUCAACAAUGUUUACAGUGUUAACAUUUUUAAUAGACAUGCAAAGAUUUCGAUACCCAGAGCGCCCAAUCAUUUUUCUGUCAGGAUGUUACUUCAUGGUAGCGCUUGCUUAUGUAAUAGGAUUUUUCUUGCAAGAUGACUAUGCCUGUAGCGUAUUCAAAAGCAAAGAAGGCUCAACCGUUAGAGAAACUGAUCCCCUGGUGACACAAGGCACCAAGAAAGAAUGGUGUACCAUUUUAUUCAUGCUUCUGUAUUUCUUCAGUAUGGCAUCAUCAAUCUGGUGGGUUAUCCUGACCUUGACAUGGUUUUUAGCUGCGGGAAUGAAAUGGGGUCAUGAACCUAUCGAAGCAAAUUCUCAAUAUUUCCAUCUUGCAGCAUGGGCGGUACCUGCAAUAAAGACUAUUGCAAUUCUCGCCAUGGGCCAAGUGGACGGAGAUGUCUUGAGUGGCGUGUGUUUCACAGGGAUUUCCGACGUAGAUGCCCUUAGGGGAUUUGUAUUAGCACCCUUGGUUGUGUAUUUAAUCAUUGGAACCUCUUUCCUAUUAGCAGGAUUUGUAUCCUUGUUCAAAAUACGUACAAUUAUGAAAUCAGACGGUACCAAAACUGAUAAACUUGAGAAAUUGAUGGUGCGUAUCGGAAUAUUCUCCGUUCUAUAUACUGUGCCAGCCACCAUCGUAAUCGCGUGUUAUUUCUAUGAACAAUCGUCCAGAAUGGCCUGGAUGGAAACAUGGUGGCUGUCACACUGUAAAAACUGGCUGGAUAACCAGUACCUAUGUCAGGUGCUCGAGAACCAGCAACAGAAACCAGACUUUAAUGUUUUUAUGAUAAAGUACUUGAUGUCGGUAAUUGUUGGUAUUACUUCAGGCGUAUGGAUCUGGACCGGAAAAACUCUGAACUCGUGGCAAAGGUUCUAUGCUAGAAUUUUUAAUCCUAGGGCACUGAGAAAUCACGAAGCUGUGGUUUGAAGUGUGUAUAAAACAGGUAUAAAAUAUAGUUGUCACUACUUGUGUGAUUCGAGCGAUGUAAUUUGCAUCUGGAUAUUAAUUGAAAGAAGAGCAUCUUGCUCUAUGCUAACAAUGGCCAAAAAUCACAUUGAUCAGCAUGUUGGAAGUUCACUGUCUGUGUUUGGUUCUAAUUCACGAAACUGAUAGUACAUAGUGCUGGAAUUUACGUGAGGAGCGAAAGGUUAGAGGAAAUUAUGAAUCAGUAUAGAUCUGUACACUUAAAGCAUUAAGCACUUCGUCAUAAAUCCAGAAUAGAACAUCUACAUUGAAAAUUAGAGAAAAGGCCAGUGUAUAUUACGUGUACAGUGCUGUAUAAAAAUAACAGUCAUGUGUUCUGUAACAUAUCUAGAAAUGUCACUGAAAUCUUAACAGUUAAGACCACUGUUUGAAUACAGUACAAUAUAAUGUAAAUACAGUACAAUAUAAUGUAAUGUAUGUGAAGAUUCAGCCGUUUAAAUUGUAAGGGGAUACAUUCAUGAAAUGUUUCAUGAAGAUCUGUGCAAAUUUACAAACUUGCAGCAAACAGAAAAUCUAGAUUAUGUUUAUCAAUUUGCAAACUAAGUUGAACUUUACAUUUUCUCAUUUUGUUAUUACAAUUUAUAUAUUAUAGAGCAUUACCUAAGCUUUAAAACAUACAAUAUUUAGUGUCAGUAUCGGUAGAAAUAGCAAUGAUGAGUAAAUAUAUAAAAUGUUGCCAGGAAAUCUGGCCUUAUUUUGUCUAAUAAUCAUUGGAAAUAAGGUGAUGGCAUAUUGGUUAACGUACAAUUUCAGAUAACUUGUACAAUGUAGUUAUUAGGUAGUUAAACCAUGCCAUAUUAAACUUAAAGAAAGCAAAGGUUUCAUAGAAUGCAAAAAUGAGACAGAUUUUCUGUGGUUUCCCACCAACAGCUACAUUGACUUACUCGGUAUCUACUGGUAGACAAGUUUGUGUAAUAACAUGAGAAUUCAGCAUAUUACUGUAUUAUAUACAGGACCAAAAAACGAUCAAGAAUUAUACAAUAUAUUUCGGUGUUUUCUUUUUAUCAUAUUAAAUGUGCUAAAAACUUUGUCAUUCUACAAUGGGGAAUAAUGUUAUUAAAUAACCCGCAGACUUGUACUGCAAAUCUUUAUGAAGAUGUACAUUGUAUUUUUAUAUCCUGACAGAGGAAUUUUAACUUAUUUCAACUAUUUACAAAUGUAUAUUUUCAAGCUCACAAAAUUUUCAUUUUCAUUACGGUCCUGUUUCUUUAGUAGGAAUUGUUUGAGAUUGUGUACCGGUAAUCAUGGUAAUACAAUGUUAAUAUAUAUAUAUAUUUGAACAGCUUUUCAAAUCUUGCAUACUUUAUAGUCAUUUAAUCUAUCUUCCAACUUACUGACUUAUUUUGACUCUAGAGAGAUGUAUUAUUAAUGAAAAGUUGUAGAAAAUAUAAAUAUAUAUUACAUUUAGUAAGCUGAUACAAGCUUACAAGUUUCUCUGCGGAUAGCUAUAUUCAAUCCAUUUGGAAUAUUAUGGAUCAUGCGUGAGCAGUUUUCACUCGGUAGAUGGAAAAUAAUAGUGUAAUCAAUAAAUCGCCGCUGCUGAUGCAGAUAGUAAAUAAUAGAAGUGUGAAUAUGUAAUACCGCGUUCAGACUACGCUUUUAAUCCUACAUUAACUUGGGUUUAUUUUUUAAACUCGUUUGCGUCCACACUAUAUGUGGUGUAAAACAUGAAUUAUGUAAAGGUCAAGUGGUUUCUGUAAUAUAGCAUUAAAACUACCUCGGGAGGUGGUUUUAAUACUAUAUUAAAAGGUAAUACUACAUUAUUUUACAAGUGUGAACGCAAAUAUGAGUUAUAACUGGUUUUACAAUCCCAAAUCCCCAGAUCUUACCUUUUGGCUGAAGAAUACCAUGUGUUUCUCUUUUGUAUCAGACAAUUGAUGCUAUGGCUGACAAAAGUAAUUGGAGUGUUGAUGAAGCAAAAACAUUAAAUUGCAAUAUGGAGUCAUGCUGAUGCUCAAAAUUGACUAUAGAUGGAAUGAACAGAAUUUUUUAGAUGAACACAGAAGUUUAAACAUUGAUGACUCCUUCUUGUUUCUGUCAGCCUCCUUCUUUGUAACCUUUUUUGCUUAUUGCAAAAUAUUUGUUUACUUCCAACCUUGCAUGUAUAUAUUUAAACCACAUUUCUUUGCCUAGUGUGGACGCAAACUAGAUUAUAUUUUGAUGGGCUUUAAAUGUCAAAUACCAAUUAUAGCCAAUUAGUGCCUAAUAAAAAUAAAACCGAUCUGCUAGUGUGAACACGGUAUAAGAGUCACAUUCUGAGAUGGUGAUAAUAUCACAAUUCCAUGAUUGAUAAUUGACCUAAGUGUGAAUAAUACCACGUCUGUUGUAUUGAGAAUGCAUUAAUUUCUAAAUGCUUUCGUACUCGACUUAAACCCUGAUUUUGGUACAUGGUAAAGAUUCAUAGAAAUUUAAUAAUAAUAUUCGCUUCACCAAAUUUUUUCUGGUUGUUUUGUAUUUUGAGUAUGUCUCAAUUUGGUCCCAUGUCAGGGAAUAAGUCGGCAUGUGAAUAUAAAUUUUAGGGGGUAGUAUUAUAACAAAUUAUGAUCAGUCUUUCAAAAGUUCUUUUUUUUCCAAUGGCAUUUUAAAGUGAAACCGAGAGGAAAUUUAAUUUUAGUGACAUAUUUGCUCUAGAUUGGACCAGCUCAUGUCCGAAAAAGCUGCUCGUUCAAAAUCAGCUACACUUAUGACAUCACAAGGCUAAAUUGAUGAUUAAUAUUCUGUUGACUAAGCUUUAAUCUGAAUGUCUGAUAGGGGAAUUUCCAUUUUCUGUGAGUUAAGAACGGUAGUAUGUUGUCUUAUUAGAAAAUGGCUGAUUAAAAUCUGUGUAUUUAAAAUGACAUUAUAAUUAUGAUAAAAUUUUAAUGUAAAUGCAGGGACAAGACUACUGAGGUUGGUAUAGGCUUUUAAUAUUGAUCUGUAAGAUAGCUUAACAGUUAAGUUCUACGUGUUUUAUAAAAGCAAGUAGUUCCAUUUGCAGACUGAAAAAUGUAGAAGCCGAAACAAAAAAACGUAAUUGGUUCUGCAGAGAAGCUUUAAGAAUUCAUUGCGGGAUUGGUUGGAAAACUCUAUGAAUCAUAAGAGAGUAAUCUUCAGGCUGCAAGGAGUGGAAAAGAAAUCAGACUUAACUGUUUUUGCUUUAAGAGUAGCUUGAUUGGACGGGCGUCUCAAGACACAGUUUUUCCCCCAUAAAUCUUUACCAUGGAAUAUAUUUGUACUUUCAUUCAAGCACGAUACUGUGUGAUAUAUGGUAUUUUUAAUUUCUUCAUUGAUCAAUAUUUAUUAAUAAAGAUAUACUGAACAAUGAAUGCUGCCAGUAGUUCAUGGGGUGCUCCAUUGACUCAUCAAAAUGUUCAUAAUUGCAGUAUUUUUUUAUCAUCCGGACUUAACUAUAACAUGUAGACAGUUGAGUUGCAUUUGACUGGAAAUACAUUGAAUUUUGGUUGCUAACUUGCACUCAUUUAAACCAGAAGUUCUGAAAUUUCAAACCCAUAUAGGCUGGUGCACUUACUUGUUCAAAAAUGUAAAUAAAAUGAAGACAAAUAUUUAAAAAGUCACACAGUCUGACAUACAAAAAGUAUCAUAUCUAAUUCUGUCUGUCUAAAGUUUCAAAAGAAGACCUGUUUUGCUGUUUGCUAUUCCGCGUUGUAAACUUCAAAUGUAGAAAAAAGAAGGCCUGUCUUUGUGUUUUUGCAGUAAAUUAAUUCAGUGGCUUGAUCGAAAUUUAUGUGUUUUGUCUUCGCUGAAGAGAAAAAAUAGAGGUAAAAAUCUAUUGGACAGGCUGUGAAUAAAUUAAAAUGUGCGCUUGUCAUUUAAACGUUGAUGCAUUAUGUUAAUAUAAUCUGUAGAAGGUCUUAUUAUCAUAAUCGUCAAUUCAUUUAUUUACCCAAGGCAUAUGAAUGUUGCCAUAAAUUUCAUCUACAUAUAGAACGAUAGUCGAUUGUAUGAAUUUAAUGGUUGGCGAAAAAUAAAAAUAGCCUCAAGUCAGAGUCAUAUUGGCUCCAGUGAAAUAUUUGAAACUGCAUUAUCUGCCGGUUAAAAACGGGUUUUUAAAGAAACUGAUACGGACAGAUUUUUCUCUUUUUGUUGUAUACCUAAUAUAUCCUGUAUUUAUCUCCUUUGUGUAAUCAAAAUGGGCAUGUAUCGAAUUAUCAAUAACAUUGUUAUCUAGUUAUGUGGCCAUUAUAAACAGUUGACAAUGUGAAUAAGAAUUUAUGACAAGCGUUUUGGUGUGUCUAUGGUUGUUCAUUAAAAGGUUUUAAAAAUAUUAUUACAGUGCCAUAUGAAAAAGACUAUUUUGUGUCGAAAAAAAUCUAUUUUCUGUACUGUGUGACAACUUUUCUUAUGUGAUAAUCUGUCUAUGUUUUGUCCAAAGCCUCUGAGAAUUUGACAUGCUAUGUAAUGAGAAUGUUUGAAAAUUUUCUGUGAAUUUUUCAUGUGUCAGAUCUGAUAAGUGAUAUAAACAUUGCUUAAAAAAAAUUCUAUUUGUCUCAACAGUGAAAUAAACAUGCAUGUCACUGAAAAUUUUCUGUUUAUCACUAUAUGGUCUGAAAAGUGAAAUAAACAUUUUUCUGAAAUGCUUUAGACCCCCUUUCUGCUUAAAAAGAAAAUUUCACUUUUAAGUGUUACUAAUUAAGUACAGAAGUUAUAAGCACUUCCUGUUUGAAAAAGUGAAGUAGUUUUUACAGUAGGUUGUGUUAAGGUUGUGGGUUUUAAAUUAAGCAAACAGUUCAGAUAGCAAAAUACAAUGUAUAUAAAACAGCAUUUAUCAAAAUAAAGAGUAUGUAUAUCAUGAAAUUCUAGAAAAAGAAUUCAUUGGUUUCAUUAACAUCUAUGUCAAAAAUUUUGACACUGAAAGUUUAAUACAGCUGCUGAAUAUAUCAAGUUGAGACUUAUGACGUUCUGUAAAAUAUGAAGAAAGACCUUUCAUAGUGAACUGAUUAUUUUCUCUGUUCUAUUUUUUGUCCCCUCUGCCAUUUAUAAAUGCCAGGUCCACAAUGAUUUGAUAUAACAAUUUUCUACAGCAAUGUAUUUUGGUGUAUUUUUUGUCGAGCCCGCUUGCAGACCGCUUCAUAGUGAUUAUUUUCUCUCUGUUCUAUCUUUUGUCCCAUCUGCCAUUUAUAAAUGCCAGGUCCACAAUGAUUUGAUGUAACAAUUUUCUACAGCAAUGUAUGUUGGUGCAUUUUUGUCGAGCCCAUAAUUGCAGUUCUAAGCGAAGACAUAGUUGUCCAAAUGGCUGUUUGGUAUAUGUGCGUCCGUCUUUCCGGACUUGUUUGUCAGGACCAUAACUUUGACAUGCAUGGAGCAAUAUUGUUUAUAUUUGGCUUGAGUGUUAACCUCAGUCAUACGGAGUGUCGUGCGCAAACCCCAGAUUCCUAUCUCAAAGAUCUAGGUCACAGUUGGAGGUCAAAGGUCAUGUCAUAUCUUGUCUGGCCCAUAACUUUGACCUGUAUUGAGGAAUCUUGUGGCAUGGAUGUUUAAGAUAGAGACAGGCUCUAUCUCAAAGGUCAAUGUCACAGUUAGGGGUCAAAGGGCGGGCUCGACAUGUUGCCCGUUGACAUCUAGUUAUAUAAAUAUACCUUAAUUUUGAUCCUUUCCCCUGCACUUGAAUGGUCUUGACAGUGAAUAGUUAUUUAAUAGAAACCUACACAUGUAUAAGUGUUUUGUCUAAUGUAGUAACUGUUAUUAAAAUUGAUAAGAUCUCCCAUGUUCUAGCUGUUUUGAGCCCAAUAGCUCUUGUCAAUUUUUCACCUUUGAUCUUAUUGAUUUGUUAGAGAUUGUAUUAUUUACUGUACUGCUAACUGAACUAUAUUGAACUGUGUUAAAAUGUUUGGAGCAAUAAUUACAUUUUUUGUGUGAAGAAUAAAAGAUAUAUUUAUAAAUGGUUGUGUGCUAUGACUGUGUGUUGUAUGUCUUCUACCAGGAGCUACUCUGAUAAUAUCCGUUUUGUUUUGUUCAUAGUCAUUUACACAUUUUUUUUAAUUGUCAAAUUGGUAGUAAACUUCAUACAAUAUUUAAUUGAUAGUUACAAAUUUCAUUUUGUAAAAUUCAUUUUUUAAAAUUUUUUGUUGCCUAUUUUUUGUACAAGCCAGGUUGAAAUUUUGUGUUAAUUGAUAUUUUACUGUAAUGGUUGUAUGUUUUUUCAUAUAUCAAGUUUUCAUAAAUGAAAAUCAGCUAUUUUAUAUUAUCACAAAAGUCUUGGUGAUUUACUACAUUUUAGAAAAUCAGUGGCAAUAUGAAAAUGCUUUUUUAUAAGGCGAUGUAAGUGAAAACUAUUUGAAUGCUGUGUUUGAGUGUUGAUACUACACAUCCUAAAAUUUGUGUACUAAAUGUAAGACAGAUUGUACAUGUUGUGUAUUAGUAGGAAAUCUGGUUUAUUCCCAUGUGAAAUGCACAUUUAUACAAUCUUUACAUUUAGGGAACCAGGCUGAAAAAAACUUUGGAAAAAGGAAAAUCAAGUCUUAAUAUUAUGAGUUAAUCUUUAAAAAUAUGAAAGGAAUGUAGUGAAAAAAAUAUAAUGUUCCUUUCAAAAAAAGGAGAGCUCUCUUGUUACUUCAUUGGUUAGAGCACAAGCUAUAAAUUGAAAAAGUUGGUCUAUUUAGCAUCCCCCCCCCCCCCCCCCCCCCCAUAUUUUCUCUGCAACUAACUGAAAGCAGUAUAACUGUGGUCAUUCAUCCUUCACAUCUGACACAUGCGAGGAAGUUGUGAGUUGCUGGUAGAGAACAAGGCAUUACUGUGUUACAGAAUGAAGGAAUGUGACUUGUCAUUACAGUUACGUAAGAUGUAUAACAGAAAUACUGUUAAAGAAAACUUACAUUAACCCAGAAUCAGAGUGUGCCAUUUUUAAAAAGAAGGCAGAUAUUUACAUGCUGCAUUUUGGCUUUGCUGUAUACCACUCCAUAAUAAUAUACCCUCUUAAGAAGGGGCUGCCAGUUAGGGGGGAGUGUCAGAUACGCCUGUACCAACUUUACAUAUGCAAAUUUUGCAAAAAUGUACACACUAUUUCUCUCUCGUAAAAUGUCAUUUUAACAAAAAGCAACUGUCUGAUAAAGCAUACAUUAAAAUUUAUAGGUUUGCAUUUUACGUGGGAGUUGUACAAACUGAUAUAAGAUUUUAUAGGAGAUAUGAACAAAUACUUUCUGUGUUUUUUGCUAAUUUUUAGGAUGUAUCAUAUACUCCAUAUAUGUGUAUAUAUAUAUUAAGCUUUUUGUAUAAAUUUUAUAGGUUAUUUAAUUUUUUUAUAGGAAUGCGGUACAAAGUGAUUGUGAAAAUACAAAUGUUUAUAAAACUGUAUAUAAAUCAUAGUCACAUUAUAUAACAAAGAUAUUUUUAAUAAUGAUACAAUAGAGGCCAAUUCUGUUCAUGUCUGCUGUGAGGUUUUAGUAUGUAGGGUGUUGAAUAUUAGUAUGUAAAACUGAGUAGAAGAAGAAAAUCAUUUUUAAGAAAAAGGGUGACAAAUAGUUCAUUUGGCUAUCGUAGUUUCAUGCGAGCUUUUAGGAAUCAAAUUUAUCAAUUAUUCGAUAGAUGAUCAGUUUUAGCAAACAUAUUUCAUAGUUGUAAGGGAUAUUUUCCCCUAAAUCGAUCCUUCAGAAUAGUAAUGCAGGCAUGAUCCAGUAGUAAAAAAAUGUGCUUAUGAGCAUUGAUUCACAUUUGUCUGUCCGUAUGUCUGUUAAUUUUCUUCACUUUCAGUUCUAUGCUUUAAAACCUUGCAUAAUGUACAAGGAAAUUUAAAAUAUAAUUUGUGUGAAAAAAUCACAAUUGCUUUUUAGCCUAAAUAACCCCUAAUUUGAUCACCAUAUUUUUCAAGUGCAAAAAUUAUUUUUUCAGCAAAUAAUUUUCAUCUUUUUUUCAAGUGAGGCAACUUGGUUUUUGUCUUGCAAAUGUUGAAUAUUGUAUAAUUCACCGUAGACAAAAGAGAAUUAUUGAGAAGAUUUUAUAUAGAUUUAAUGCGCAUUUCAUAAAGAACAUUUUUUGAUAUGAGUUUAAUUCAUUGUAUUAAUGUGGCUGGUAACACCCAUUUUAUAUACAUGUACAUUGCAUUCUGUUUAAUUUAUACUUAAUUAUGGUUAAUUUGUGAGCAUGUCAUUUUUAGAUUUGCUACACUUGGCUAGUGCAAGAAUGGUUCCUGUUUUAACUUUUGCCAUUAUAUUAAGCAAAUUUUGCUUAUUCAGCUAAAGUUCGACGUGAUAGUUAUAAAUUAAAUUCAAAAUAUUUACAAUUUUGUGUUUUAUAGGAAAUUUAUAAGUUUAUGUUAGUCAGCCUGUAAUAACAGUUUGUAAUUUCCAUUUGAUUACCUACGUUAUUAUUUUGACAAUCUUCAGCCAUAAAUUAGCUCAAACGAACACCCGAUUUCUUUCUGCAAUCCCCAUUGGUCAUCAGUGGACCCGCAACCUUAAUUGCGGCAUUUACUGUUGGCUGCACCAGUCCUCGGUAUUCGGUGUUUGCCUAGUUUGUUAAUAGAUGCUGAUGUGUUGUUCAAAUUUUUGUGAGAAAGUCUGGAACAAGAUUACAAUGUAUCAAGUUUUUUAUCUUCAGUCUGGUCUUAUCUUAACAGAAUAAUUCCCAUACUUAAAACUUGUUCUGCAUUUUAUCUUCAAAACUUUAUGAUCAUCUUGAAACUUAAAAUUGAAAAUAUUUUGUAAAAGCUGUUCUGUAUAAUGGGCUUGAAAGCAGUAUGUCUUAUCCAGAAAUACUUCAAACACUCAGCUGUGCACAGUAAAACACUAACAAAACCUAUCUUUUUGCUUUAUCUGCUGUUUGGUUGUCAUAGCAACCAAUUUUUUACCUCAUUUUAUGUAAAACAGAUUUUAUGUUGGCAACUUUGAAACUCUUUGAGAGAGGCACCUCUUUUUUUUGUUUUGUUUAGUUUGUUUUACAGUUUUAUACGUUUUAGAACGAUUUUGUCUUGAAUGGAUGGCGUAUUAGUGUUUGAGAAACAAAUAUGAUUUUGAGUUGUUCAUUUUUUAGCACUCGUUUUAUUUCAUUCAAACUGUUCUUGUCAAUAUUUUCGUUGUUAUGCCAUUGCAUAAAAACAUGAUUAUUUGUUCAUUUUGUACAAAAUACAUACAAAGAGAUGUGAAAAUUUGA